AAGAUGGAAUUUCUCACAAUUAGUUCUCGUUCAGUUUCCGAAGAGAAAGGUUGUCGCGACGCGUCUAGUGUUUAUGUUUCUCUACGCUUAAUUAAUCGAAAACAAAAGCGCGUGAGUGUUGCGAAUCAAUGCAAAAACUAAACAAAAACAAUAUUAUUUAAUGCAAGUGUACUUCAUAUGUGAGAUAACACAUAAUAACCAUAACGCGCUGCCUUUUUAUAAGGCAGCAAAAAUUCUAAUAGCGAGUGCGAGUGUGAGCCAAAGAGUGAGAGAAACAAAAAGAGAGAGAGAAAGAGUGGAAAAAGAGCGCCCGUGAGCGAGCAUAAAAUCACAGCCGCAGCAGCAAUAACAAAAUAAAUACAUACACAUAUGCGACGAUCAUGUACCAGUCCCAAAAUUGACGACAAUGAAAGCGUGUUGUACAACACUGGCCGCUGCCAAGGCCUCUGCCACAAUGGCGGCAGCGCAGGAAUAACGGAACCGAAAUGUAAGAAAAGCGCACGCGAAGUUGAAUUUUGAACGAAUUUAUCAAGCAAAUUAAAGGCAAACAACAAAGAAAAGCAAAACGCUGCAAAAUGCACGUUUCAGCCAUUAACGGCAAACAACAGGAAAGGCAAAGGGAUAAGGAUUGUGCAUGUGGCGUAGUUAAAAUAACAACAACAACGACAAAGUUUAAUAAUUAUCGAAAGCGACGAAUAUGCAGCAGUAGCAACAACAGCUACAACAACUACAUUAGCAAAAUUCUAAUGACGACUUCAAUUCUGCUGCAACGCCUCGCAACGCUGAGCUUGGGUACCAAGUGGCGACGGCGCCGUCGGCGACGCAAACAGCAACAAAAUAGCGAUACAAUAAUAACAACAGCAACAACAAUGAAAGGCACCCAUAAUGAUAAUUACAAUUAUACUACAACAACACGAAGCAAUGAUUUCAAUAAAAUCAAUAAAUUACUACUAAUUACGUGCAUGCUGCUGAUAACAACUACAACAAUUUGUCAAAGCAAUGUACCCGGCGCUGCUGCAGCGCCGUCAGCAUCGACGUCAACGUUGACGUCUGGCGAAUCGUUAACGUCACCGCUGAGCGCUCUGUUAAAAUCUGGAGGCGCCUCCUACAAUCAACAGUUGCCGCAACAACAACUAUUCGCGAUGCUGGCAAAGAAUAACGGCGGAGGUGGCGGUAUCAACGGUAACGGAAAUACGGCAGCGUUGACGUCAGCAGCAGCAGCAACGCAUCAACAGCAUCGUCAGCGUCAACGUUUUCUGCCACUGCACGAAGAUGAAUCGGAGGAUGCGCUUGACGAAGAUUUUGCAGCGCUGCACAGUCGACUGGAAAUCUCUGCUGUCGCGCCUUCCAUUGCCUCGGCUUCACUGGAAACGAACGGUUUCGUGGCCGACGAUGGCGAUCAAUACGAGCAGGCACAGAAAGCGCUCGCAGCUGCCGAAUCAGCGAAUGCGAAUGCGAAUGCCAACAGAAACAACAACAACAACAACUGCCCAAAGGAGUGCAAGUGUCUGAACGUGUUCUUCGAUUGUGAUAAGCUGCAUUUGGAGCGCGUGCCCGUUCUGCCCAACUAUGUGCAAACGCUGCAUCUGGCGGGCAACAAACUGAACGACAGCACUGUCCUUGCGAUACGGAAUCUACCCGAAUUACACAAACUUACAUUAAAACGCAACCAGUUGGAUGUGAUGCCCGUGUUUAUGGGCCUUGUUUCGCUGAGGCAACUCAAUUUGGCCAACAAUCGCAUACAGCGCAUCUCGAGUGAGGCGCUGGCGAUGUUGCCGAAGCUCAAGUCGCUGGAUCUGAGCAAGAAUCAGCUGCACAGUGUGGAGGCCAACAUGUUUGUGAGGCCCAAUCGAUUGUCGCACUUAAUUCUGAACUCAAAUGAGAUUGGAAGCGUGGAUGAGCAUGCGUUUGCCAUGCUGAACAAUUUGACGGAUCUGGAGCUGAGCAACAAUCGUUUAAGCAGCCUGCCAAUGAGCGUAUUCAAGAAUUUGACUCGCCUCAAGAAACUCACACUUAACAAUAAUCAGCUGGAGAUCAAUUGGUCAACGUUUCGUGGCCUAUUGUCGCUGCAGAAGCUCCAACUGAAGGCAAACAAUAUACGGCAGCUGCAGGACGGCGUCUUUCAUGUGAUGCGCAACAUUGAGAGCAUCGAACUGGAUGAUAAUGGCAUCAGUUCUCUCUCCCGUCAGGGUCUCUUUAAUUUGACCAAGUUGCAUCAUUUGAGUCUGUCGAAUAAUUCCAUAACGCACAUUGAACUGGACACCUGGGAGUUUACACAAUCCUUGGAGUCGUUGGAUCUAUCGCAUAAUUAUAUUAGCGAGUUUAAGCCACAGCAUUUGUUUUGCCUGAAACGAUUGAAGCAACUGAAUUUGUCGCACAAUAAGCUACGGUAUCUGCCGGAGAAUACCUUUGACUGUGUCAAGAAUCUCGAGGAGUUGAAUUUGCGUCGCAAUAAUCUUGCCUGGAUCAUUGAGGAUCAGUCAGCAAUGGCUCCAUUCAAAGCACUACGCAAACUCCGUCGUCUCGAUCUCUAUGGCAACAAUUUGAAGCAAAUCAGCAGCAAAGCUCUUAACGGUCUCAACAAUCUUGAGCAGCUCAAUCUGGGCAGCAAUGCAUUGGCCAGCAUUCAGCCAAAUGCCUUCGAGCAUAUGCUAAAGCUACAGAAGCUCAUCUUCAAGUCGGACAACUUUAUUUGCGAUUGUGAUCUGCUGUGGUUCCGUCAGUGGCUACUCGGUCGAUUUGGCUCUCAAGUUCAGCAGCUGCAACCCAAUGUCGUUUGUGGUUAUCCGGAGCAUCUGCUCGAUCGACAGAUGUUUACGCUUACCAAUGCCGAGCUGGUGUGCUCUGAUUCACCCAAACCGGUGAUACAGAAAGAGCCCAGCAAUAUGCUGGCCGUCAAGGGCGCCAAUAUAACACUAGAGUGCAUUGCCAGUUCACCAGCAGCCGCCUCAAUGGCCGCCGCCGAUGAGCUGAAGAUCAUAUGGCGCCACGAUAAUCAGCACGUAAUGGAGCGACAAACAAUACACGAUGGCGCCAGCACAGAAACCCAAAUACAUCACGAUCAGAGCAGCAAUCAAACAACCAUCUAUGGCUAUCUGCGUCUCUCCAAUGUCAGUUAUGAGAGUGCCGGCAGAUAUCAGUGCGUUGUCUCCAAUGCCUUUGGCACAACCUAUUCACAAAAGCUACAAAUAUCCAUUGGCAUACAUCCCAGCUUUUUGCAUGUGCCCUCAAAUCUCACACUGGAUGCUGGCGAAACGGGUCGUUUGGUGUGCUCGGCCAGCGGUGAUCCCAUGCCGGAGAUGGCCUUACAAAAGAUAGAUGGCAGCGAUUUUCCCGCUGCGACGGAACGGCGUCUCCAGGUAAUGAGAGAGGAGAACGCAUUUCUUAUCACAAAUGCCAAACCCAGCGAUUCGGGUAUUUACACUUGCACUGCUAAAAGUCCAGCUGGAGAGAUUAAAGUGAAUGCCACGCUCCUCGUGAAUGAUAAACCGCAGCCCAGCAUUCCCUUGGUGCACAAGGAGGUGGUCCUGGGGCGCACCUGUGUCCUGGAAUGUCUCAGCGAGUCGACCAAAUUGGAAAUGGAUCAACCACAUCGCGAGUGGUACAAGGAGAACAAGCCACUGCACAAUUCACCCACGGCACAGGAUACGGAAAGAUAUUUCUUUACGAGCAGCAAGGAGCUGCUGGUGAUUGUGAAUGCUCAGUCCAAUGAUGCGGGACACUAUCGCUGUGAGAUCACCGACAAUUCACGCACACUCACAUUGCAAUCGGAGCUGCUGGUGGUCAAGGAGAGUCUCAAUAUCGAUGUACUGCUGCUGGGCGUGGUCCUGCUGACCGUAAGCUGUGUCAUGAUUGGUACCUGCAUCAUCUGGUGCACAUUACGCUAUCAACGGCGCAAGUUGCAGCUCAGUCAUGCCACAAGGACCCAUGCCAGCAGUCAGCACACGUUGCAAAUGGAUCAAACGCAGCUGACGACGCUGAAUCGUACACAACUGCGACCACAUCAAUCGCAGCUUGUUCUCGACGGCUUGCCCAGUUCACAGAAGCAACAACAACACCAGCAGCAGCAGCAAUCGCAGUUGCGUCCACGCAGCUUGGCGGACUUGGGCUGUGGUGACGGACAGACGCACAGUCGACUUAUAGUAACAACGACGCCAUCGUAUGAGCAGCGCUGCUUGGAGCAGGGACUGACACUCAGUUACUUGCAGCAGGCGGAUUUAGAGACACAGCAAGAUCAUUUAUCUAGCAAGGAUUCGGGAACUGGCUCGGAUGCUGCCGUCAAGCGUAGCCUCGAGGAUUUCAGUGUGGCCUUGUCACUACGCCGACAACGUCGUCGGAUUGAUGACGAUGACGACGACGAUGAACCGGAUGAUGACAACGAUCUACAGUUUGCGCCCACACGUGCUCUAGGCGUCUCUGAGUACGAUGACAUGGAACUUUACGAGCUGAAUCACAGUGCUGCAGAACAACAGCGUUUUCUACGCAACAACAAUCAUAACUAUGAUGGCGGGGGCGUGGGCAUUGGCAUGGGAAUGGGUUUGGGUGCGAACGUGCAUGUGGAUGUGGCAAAUGCUGGUGCUGCAACGCCGCCAGUGCUGCCGCGCAAGUGCAGCGCACAACUAAACAGCAACAGCGUUGACUACAAGCAAUCCACCACGGUGGACAUUUAAGAGCAUAAACCAAAGCAAACAAACUGCAAAAUCAACCAAAUUAAAAUGCAAACACCAAAAAGAACAAUCUCAACAAAUUGUUGGGAUUAACCCAGCCACGCCCCCAAAAGGAAACAAUCCACCAGCCACCCAAAAAUGUAAAAAAAAAGAAGAAAAAACAAACGAACAAAGACUGUUAAUCUAAAUAUGAAAAAGUUUAUGUAAAAUGUGACGACGCUUGCCUCGAGAGAAUAAUGGCCAGAAGGCGGCCUUUAAUAAGAUAUAUAAGAUAUAAAUAUACAAAAAUAUAUAUAUGUGUAGGGAUAUGUAUAUAUUGGCUAACCGUUAUGGCAGCUAGAACAUACCAGUGUCUUCGUAAUUUAUGAAAUUAAAUGGAUUUAUUAUUACAUACAUGUAACAUUUAAGUUUAUAUAUACAUAAAAUAUACAUAUAUUUGAAUUUUCUAUAUGUUUAUUUCGCUUGUGAUAUUAUUUAUUAUUUUUGAUUGCUGUUCCAGUUUUAAGGCAUUAUUAUAAUUAACAAUUUGCAGCUGUAUAUAAGUAUAGCAUCUAUUUAAUUUUAAUUAUAGAUUGUAAGUAAUAAUUUGCCCGAAAUCGGCUAUGAUUUGCUAAAAAAAAAUUAAAUGUGAAGCUGAUAUCCUAUUUUAGCCACCUUUAUGUUGAUUUUGUAAUUUGAAAUAAUUUUUAUUCAAAAUUUGAUAAACAUAAAUGUAAAUUGAUUUGCCUUAUGCUUAAUGGCCUUGACUAAAUAUUAAAAAAUUAGACACGUAAGUUAUAAAAA